UGUUCAUCAGCCCGUUUGCAAGUUGACCGUUGCAAGGGCGAUAGUCGCAAGAGAAAGCUUGAACGAAGCAAGUAGGCUGUACUGAACUGUGUGAAAAAUGUGGCGAUCCAAAUUUACGACCGAAAUAUUACAGCAAAUCGUGAUCGAUUCCAACAACACCGAUCCUCAGGUAACGAAAGAUGUAACCAUCCGCUCCUGGUCCAUUGAACCGUUCAGUAAAACAAGAGUCGGAUUUCUGGGGGAUCAUCACUCGUUGGAAAUAAUAUAUCAUUGCCUGGAAAGUGAUUGGAAAGAACGGGAGAAAAAGGAUCGAUUUUUCGUAAAAUCACUUCCGACCUCGAUGCCAAGCUUCACUAACUAUCUGAAGGAGACGCACACAUCUAUCAAGGAAAUUGCCAUCUACCGUCAUCUUAUGCCAUUGCUCCUUGGCCUUAGCAACAGACGGUUUGCUCCAAGAUGCUACUAUCUUCAGGAUGAGGAUGGUCUGUUGGUUAUGGAAGACUUAUCCUUGCAGAAUUUUCGAGUCAAAAGCGGAACAUUCGAUCUGGCACACCUGGAGCAGGCACUGCAGUCGUUGGCCAGUUUGCAUGCAGCCUCGAUUCGAUUGGAAACACUACAGGGACGAACGGUUGCCGAACAAUUUCCCGAAUUGAUUGCCGAAAACGCAUGGCUCCAUCGCGAAGGUUACCCACGUGUUGCCGAACUAGAAGACAACAUAUUGUGCCUGGUGGCGUACGCACGGGAACUGUAUGGCGACGAACGUGAACGAUGCCAACGUCUCCUCGAACGGCUCCCCCGGGUGAUGCGACAAAUGUACGAUUUGGUGCAACCGUCCAAAACAUAUCGUAACGUGUUCAGCCAUGCAGAUCUGUGGAACAACAACAUCUUGUUCCGUUACCUGUCGCACGAAGAUGACACCGGUGGCAUUAGCAAAGGACGUCCGUUCGGAACAGGAUCAGCAGCAGCAGCAGCAGCAGAAGCGCCCAGCAGCGAAUCGCAACCAGUCGAUUGCGUUCUGGUCGAUUUUCAGUUGUCAAGAUUCGUUCCACCGGCGUAUGAUUUCAAUAUGCUUGUCACACUAACCACGGCUGGCCAUCGCACCUUUCUACGCAAACACUGGCACCAUCUGCAGGAAACAUACUACAAAUCCUUAAAAUUACAAUUGAACCAACAUAACGCGAGCGACACUUCUGCAUGCUCGGGGAUCGAGCAUAUCCCUUCUUUCGACGAGUUCAAGGCAUCCUGCGAGCAUUAUCGUAAAGCUGGUGCGCUGGAUAGCUUCAUCAUCAAUUACAUGGUACUCCUUCCAGCCGGUUGUUUGGAUGAAACGUUCGCAUCACCCGAUCUAUACGAUGCAUUCCGUGGAGAAACAAAGUGUGCCAAGAUGCUACAGCUGCUGCGAUCACACACAAAGUAUCGUAAUACAAUGAAAGAUAUUGUUGAUAAUAUUAUUGAAACUUUUCAAAUUUAAAGGGUCUUAAGUCGUUGGACAAACAAACAUUUGCGUUUAACCGUAUAUCUACAUUCUAUUAUAAAGAACCUGCUUUACACACUCGGACAUUUGAUUUCAGUAGGAUACAUUUCUGUUCAAAAACAUAUAUCAA